GCUCCUUGUCGAGAGGGUCGCGCUCCAGGGAUGGCCAGAGUCCACUGAGUCCCGGGGGUCACUCAGUGAGAGUGGAAGAGAAAGAGAGAGAGAGAGAGAGACAGAGAACGAUACAGAGAGUCAUAGAGUGAACGAGUCAAGUCGUGUGGAAGAGGGCAACAAUGGUGGCCGAGGAGGUGAUCGUGAGCUUGUCGGGGGGAGCGCCAUGGGGCUUUCGGCUCCAGGGGGGAGCGGAGCAGAGGAAACCACUUCAGGUGGCCAAGGUGAGGAAGCGCAGUAAAGCGUGUCGAGCUGGACUGCGGGAGGCGGACGAGUUGCUGGCCAUCAACGAGCUGUCUUGUGAGGAGCUCUCCCACGCUCAGGCCAUGAACCUGAUCGACACCGGUAGAGGAACCCUUCACCUGCGAGUCAGGAGAUCUCCUGGCCUGCAGUCCCUGAUGCUCCUCAGCCCCUCUUCACCUCCUCCAAUGGACGAGGCCUACCGAGUCACGCUGCAAGCCCUGUCUCCUCCGCUCUCCUCCUCCAUGCCUCCAGGAGGAGUAGGAGUAGGAGGUUUGGGGUGCAUCACGUCUCCCCCCAACAGCGAGGCAUACUAUGGUGAGACGGACAGUGACGCUGACGUGGCCGCCCAGGAGCGCCAGCGCAGGCAGAAGCGCCGCAGCCCCAGCAACUCCCCCGCAACUCCCAAGCCCCCGCACGAGGAGGAGGAGAUAAGCGCCUCCGAGAUGAGCGGCUACGAGAGCGCCCCCGACGCCACCAGCGGCUACCCGGGCCAGAUGCAGAUGCAGAUGCAGAUGCAGAUGCAGAUGCAGCAGAGAUGGGCCGACCUGCAGGGUCCGCCACCCCAGCAGCAGCAGAUGCCAGGUGUGGCACGCAGGGAGGUGGUGUACCAGCCGCCGCCCAUGACCGAGUUCUCCGGCCAGAACUCGGGCCAGAGCAGCCCGCAAGACAGCCAGGGGGCCGGGGAGGGGGACAGCGGCUUCCAGGAGCCGCCGGCCGUCAAGCCAGCGCCUCUGGUGUCUCCCGAGCGGGCCAGAGAGGCCAUGAUGCUGGCCUCCCGGAGGCAGCUGGUGCCCAUGGUGGGGCCCGUGGACAUGCCCCUGGAUGAAGAGCUCCUGGCCACCUACAAGGACAAAGCCAGACAAGCCAAGCUCAACAGGGGCGAGAGCGGGCAGGAGAAGCAGGUGAAGGAGGCCCGCACCAAGUGCCGCUCCAUCGCCUCCCUGCUGACGGACGCGCCCAACCCCCACGCCAAGGGCGUGCUGAUGUUCAAGAAGCGGCGCCAGCGCGCCAAGAAGUACACGCUCACCUGCUUCGGCAGCAACGACGACGCCAGCCUCUCCCGCAGCGAGACCGAGGACGAGGAGGAAGGCAGCAGCUUCCCCGGCAGCGAGUCAGAGUUCGACGAGGAAGGAUUCACAGCCUCCACUGAGCCGGACCCCGUCUGGGACAGCGACUACCUUGCCCUGCUCGACAGACGCUCCUCAGCCUGUUUGGGAGGGGGCGCGAUUGACGUUGCGCCUGAGAACACCUCCGGGCUGAGCAAUAUGUCAGGAAAGGGCGCUCAGCUGUUUGAACAGCAGAGGCAGCGAGCAGCGAAGUCAGCCUCGGCACCGCUGUCUCACAUGUCUGACGAGCAGCUGGCGGCGAUGGCAGUGGACGCGGCCCCGAUUCCUCCACCUUACCCAGGCCCAUCUGCGCCCAUGGCUCAAGGCUUGGUAAACGGGGACUCGACAGUGGUGAGUCGCACCAGUGUAGUGCUGACUCCUCCCGGCAGCGCCGCCGGUCUACCGACAAUGCCCAGUGUCGGACCCGACGCAGCAGACUCGCAAGUUGGCGGCAACAUCCACAAUCGCACCGCCAGGCCAUUUGGCGCGGGUAGCGUGACCCACCGGGCCUCCACCGCCCCUGUGGUGUUCCGGCCCACUCCCCCCGCCCGGAAAGCGGUGUCAGUGGCCAACGUGCCGGCAGCCUUCUCCUCCCCUACGGCCCCGGACGUGAAGCGAGCCGUCUCCUCCACCUCUCUCUAUAUCCCGGCGCGGCCUGCCACCGUCGGUGGACCCCUGCCGGUCGUGACCUCUCCGCUGUCUCCCCGCACGUCUAUGGCCUCAUUCCCCCCGCCAGCCCCGCAUCCUCACCCACCCCAUAACGCUGGCCCACUCUCGCCUCCGAUUCCUCCCCAGUUUCAUCCACCCCCUCAUGCCGCUCCUGCCAUGCCACCAGCGGCUCCCCCUCACCUCCAUCUAGCGCCCCACACUUUCCCCUCUCCACCCCAUCCUCAGCCACCCCCUCACACUGCUCCUCGCCCCGCUCCCCCUCCAAUGCACCCCCAUCCACCGCCUCACUCUGCUGGUCCUCUCUCUCCUCCCGCACCACCUCAUCCCCAUCCCCAUCCCCACAGUGCUCCUGUAUCCCACCCUCCCCCUCCCCCUCCUCCAGCCUACUGCCAGCCUCCUAUGCAACCCCCACCCAUGAACCCAGCCCAAGGCCACAUGGGCCCACCACCCUUCUCUCCGCCCACGAGCAUGGCUGCUUCUCCAUACACCCCGUCUGCUCCUCCCAACACACCUUACUCCCCACAAGAAGCACCGGCCUACUGCCUUCCUCCUCCUCAGUCAAUGCCCUUCGGCCCCCCACCUGUACCAGCCAAACCAUGCCCUCCACCUUAUGCCCAAGCUGGCGCUUACCCUCCUCCACCUCAGCACGGCAUGCCCCCUUCACCGCAGAAUCAGCCAGCCGCACCCUUCCCUCCUCCCUCUGCCAUGCCCGUGCCCUACUCGCAGCCGCCGGCCGGUGAUGCCAUGUCUUUCCCCCAGGCACAUGUCUCCACGCCUUAUAUGCCUGCCCAGACAAUGCCACCUUCCCCCUCCAGCCAGCAGCCGCCAGCGCCCCCCAAAGUCUCCUUCAACCCGUAUGUGGCGGUGGCGGCGUCGCCUCAGCCGUCCUCCACCUCCUCUCCACAGCCAGCGGCCGCACCUGGGCAGGAAGCUCUGGCUUCUCGAGAGCAGAGGAUUGCCGUGCCGGCAGCGCGCACGGGCAUUUUGGCAGAUGCCCGCAGGCGAAACACCAGCCGCAAGCCCAUGUUUGCCGCGCCGGAGAAGAAGAAAGACGUCACCGUGAACCCGGCGCUGCUCUCCAUGGUACACAACCUGGAUGAGAGGCCCCGGGGAGGCGACCCAGGCUUUGAGUCCGGCCCGGAGGAAGACUCCCUGAAUCUGGGCGCAGAGGCCUGCAACUUCAUGCAGUCCAACAGAGGUGGCAGACAACCUGCUCCGCCUGUGGCGCCCAAGCCCUCACGCGCCGCCAUGCCUCCGCCGCCCCCGCCCUCUCUGCAGUCGGGAGGAAAAGGAGCUGAUCUGUUCGCUCGUCGCCAGAGCCGCAUGGAUCGCUACGUGGUGGACAAGCAACAGCCGCAGCAAUACGUGUCCCCUGCCCAGCCCCGCGACCCCUCCCCUACCCCGUCUCUCCCCUCUCACUGGAAGUACUCCUCCAACAUCAGGGCGCCGCCUCCCAUCAACUACAACCCCUUGCUGUCUCCGUCCUGCCCCCCUGUGGCCCAGCGCACACCCAAGGCCUCCGAGCCGCCACGAGUCGCGCACAAACCAGGCAAGAAGCCAGUGGUGGACAUUAUGAAUCACCAGCCCUACCAGCUCAACUCCUCUCUGUUCAGCUACGGGGGUGGAGUCCCGCAGCAGCAGCAGCCGCCACAAGGUGUGUCCCUCACCGCACCCCGGCAGGUGCCCGUCAAGGCGGCGCGCGUGUACGAGAUCAAGCGCUUCUCCACGCCCACUCCCAUGUCAGCGCCCACAUCGCUGACGCCGAAGGUCAUCGUGCCGCGUUCGGCCACCACUCUGGCUGAGCCUAUCUGGAGAUCUGAUGUGGCGUCCCCUCCCCCUGCUCCUCUUCAGGCUCCAGCCCCGUACAUGCCGGCACCUGCCCCCUACACGCCGGCACCUGCCCCCUACACGCCGGCACCUGCCCCCUACAGGCCAGCUCCUGCCCAUUACGCCCCUGCGGGUCCUCCACCCAUGGCACCGGCUGUGUCCUCGGUCGCCAUGCCUGCACUUCCCCACCUGAAUGUGGCUCCCGUCCACGGCGCGGCCCCCUACGCCCCGGCCCCUGCCCAGCCGUACGGAGCCCAUUUCCAGGCUGCCAAGCAGUUUCAGAGUGCCCCUGAGCUAAGCCCUCUGGCUUUCAAUCCAGCACUGCGGCCUAGCAGCACCCAGCCAGGCAGGGUGCCACGUCCACGAUUCAGCACCUCUAAUGUGGGGCUGCAGCCCAACGUGUGGAGACCAGGCGCCGCUAUACAUUAAGAUACCGAGAGAGAAAACUAUGGAGUAGACUGAACAUCCGCCAUGGCAUCCCUACAUGACACAAUGCACUGCAAGACUGACAGUGAUUUAUUCAUAGUAUUCAAUCACGUGUACUACUCUGGUACUACUCUGAAAAGGGACUUACGUAGUUAUCACAAAAAUAGCAAUUUCAUGUGUGCAGUGAUGAGAUUCUAGGGCAGUGAUUCUCAAACUGUGGGCUGGGGCCCACUGGUGGUCCUUGACAGUAUUACAAGUUGGCCUUGAAAUCAUUUUCUAAAAAUCUAAAUAAUAUUUGUGGGUGUGUUGGUUUUGGCUAUUAAUUUGAGGUUAUUGUUUAUUGAGUCAGAGGAGGGCUCUGAACAGUUGUGAAAAUUUCAAGUGGGCCCCAAGUUGGAUUAGGUUGGGAACCCCUGCUCUAGGGUUUAAGUUUAGUAGUUUAUUUCCAAUUCAAAAUGGCAGAUUUAGCCUACAUGGAGAGGUUCUAAUUUAUUCUUGUAUAAUGUGAAUUUCCGAGCAGUAAUGAAUUAGAAAUUGAUGGUGGUUGUAAUAUUCAUGAAAAAUAUGACAUCUAUAAAUAGGUAGCAUAAAUCCUGGAAAUAAAUUACUAAAAUAAGAUUUACCAAAUAAGAAUAUGAUUAACUUUCCUAACACUAAUCACUAGAUUUGAACUUCUUUGCUUACUUUCAUCGGCACACAAAGGGUUUAAAAAAUAACAAUAAGUGAUCAAUGAACAUUUGAAAUAUCAACUCAUUUUGGUUUUUAUGGUAGAGCACAAUUCUGGUUUCGGCAUUCUAUACAUACAUAUUGUGAAACAUGGCAGUAGUCCAAGACACAGUAUAUUGGCAUUUUAUUAAUAUAUUUGUGUGCACUCUUUUGUACAAUUAGUGUACUUUAAACACACAAACUAUUUAAAAAUGUUUAUUUUUUGUUUGAUUUACUUUCAUUAUAUUAUUGUAUUUUUUGGUUGCAACAAUGUAUACUGCAUAUAAUUGUAUAGCUUGCAUAUUGCAAUACUUUCCCCUUGCCUCAGCUUGCAGUAUGUGAUGGAUUCAGUAGUUUAUUUAUUUCACGGCUCCCUGCUUUUGGUCCGACUUGUUUAUGGUUCUGUCGAGCUUCUAUUUGUCACUGCCACAGAAGCAUCCCAGCUACCAUUAGAAUCUUUGUUUUCUCCAACUUAGUCUCUCAGAUACUGUGUACGGUAAUGCAUGUGCUGCUCAAUGAGAUAUCCAGAGAAGGGCAUUCAUUUUCUGUGCUAUUUCAUAAGUUCUGUGAAAUGUAUGAAACUUACGUGAUGGGAUUCCGUUUAUGUUUUGGUACUAACUUGGGGCCAAACGGAGAGAAAGAAACGAAGCGGAAGGCUUAACGGCAUCAUCAAAGAAUAUGGUGAUGACAAGGUAGCUCUUUAAAAGGGACUCGAUGAAAUGUGGGUGAGGGGAAAACAAGUGUGAUGGAGUAAAAAUAGACUCGUGUUGUGUCUCCUAGAGAAGCAGGUCGAGUAGAAAUGUUGCGUGACGGGGCGGCGUGUCGUGUUGCGUCGCGCUUUGCCGUUGUUCAGCCUCCUGUGUGCCUGCCGGCUCACCUGAGCUCACCUUAUCUGCCACUUAAAUGAAAGCAGUGACAGAUGAGCAGGGGCUCAGAUCAAUGGAUAAUGAAUCUGUCCCUGUAGCCUGUGACAGUGAGCCACUGACUCUGUCAAACGCUCCAGGCGUCUGGUGGGCGGCAGCCGGGCAGCAGAAGGAAGAGAGAGCUCUAGAAAGUACUGUAUCCUUUCAUCAGGUGGAGGGAGGAUCUACUGUACAUAAAAAUGGAACAUAAAGUAUGUGCACCAGAAUGGAACCAAGAACAGGCGAGAGUAGAUCAACUGUGGUGUGCAAUUACAGUAUAUUUCAUGUGAUGACAUUUAAAUAAUUGAUCGUCUCCUUGUGACAACACAGAGGCUGCGUGUGAUCACAUAUGAUGCUUUGUUUUUCAUUGAUGUCACACCUAAGAGUGAUGCCCCCAGGGGAACUUUAAGAGGGAGUGGGUAAGGAGGGAGGAGCUUGUGCGCAGGACUGACAGCUCCUCCCCAUGCCUCACCUGGGUCACCAUCACUGAAGAGCUCAAGUGUAUGAAGUGCUAGUAGAAGUAAAUUCAAGAGUUAAAGGAGAAGUCCAGUUUUUUGAACAUUAAGGCCAUUUUCUGAGUGGUCUGCAAUGUUUUAGAGUCCCCCUCACCGUUUAUUUCAUGUUUGCUGCAGUCUCUGUUAUUUGGCUGAUUUGGAUUUGAUCUCAACCAGCUUUAGAAUGGCCGUCUAUGAGCACCUGCAACUCUGUUCUUAAAAUCACCUUAUACAUUUGUUUUCGAAAGUCUACAGCUCACAAAGUGGUUAGGGGUGUUCACUAGCAGUCCCUAACAAGUUUCAAGGCGAAAUAUGGCUUCUGUCAUUUUUUAUUUGCCAUUUUGUGAAAGAAAGUGAAAGUGAAAGUGAAACUUAAUUUACAAAUUGCUACAUAAAACACACAUAAAACAUGACAGAUGCCAUAUUUCGCUACAAAAAUGGUUAAGGAACACCAGUGAAUACUGCUGAACACUUGCUGAGUUGCAUAUUCUUGAAAACAAAUGUUAAAGGUGAUUUUAAGAACAGAGUUGCAGGUGCCCAUAGACGGCCAUUCUAAAGCUGGUUGAGAUCAAAUCCAAAUCAGCCAAAUAACAGAGACUGCAGCAAUCAUGAAAUAAACGGUGAGGGGGACUCUAAAACAUUGCAGACCACUCAGAAAAUGGCCUUAAUGUUAAAAAAACUGGACUUCUCCUUUAAGUCCAACAAUAGCAUGUGAAGUUACAUAGUUACUGUUACACCAGGCACACUGGUCCUAAUGAGUUCUUUUCUUUUUUUCUAUUUCUACUUCUACUUCUCUACUUUAUACACCUCUGCUGUUGAGAUGUGGUCGAGUUAGAGAUUGCAGGCUCAUGAAGUAAAUAGCUCCCACAUACAGUACAUAUCUGACACUGCUUUGGACCAGAUAGUCCUAAUGAUCAUUACAAAUCAUCACAGCCAGGUGGAAGGCAUGGCAGGGUUUUCACCUUGAAGCCAGCCCUCCCUCUCUUGCACUUAUCAUUGACCUUUGGGAAUGAACCCUGCAAGGACAUAUUAUAGUAUGAACUGAAUGUACUGUAUGUUUGAGGAUAGGCUAGUACAUUUUUCUGGCCCUCGUAGUAAGAUAGGACGACUUCUGUUAUGGGUCUGAAGCAAGUAAAUGGGGUCUGGAGCUAAGAGGGAAAGGCAGAUCUCUGUAGUUUGUUUGUUUGUUGGGUGUCUGCCUCACAGCGCAGUCUCUCUGUGCUUAUCGUGGACAGGAAGAGACUAUAGAGAGCAUUUAGUUCCCUUCUGUGAACAUGUUAUUAACAUGGGCCCAAUCUGAAAUGUUCACACUAACGCAUAGUGCACAAAAGUAUAACCCAAAGCAUUGUAGUUAAGAGAAAUACUGUUUUGGACACAAUACAGUGGUCUCCGUAUUACUUGCCUUUGUCAGUAUCAUUUGUAUAGUUGCUUUCAUGUUUUGUGUAACCUCUCAAGUUCAUUGUAUUUCACAGCUAACUAAAAAAAAGGCAACCUUAUAUUUUGUUUUCUAGCUUUUUAUAGGUGGCUGAAAGUAUUGUUCUGAGACAAAUUCUUCAAGACCUAGUAGGAUAAUUGUUUUUUGGAAAUGAGGUAUUGAUGUUGGAGGUAUAGGACAUGCUUGUCCUUGGUUGGGAGGCUGGGUUUGGGCUAUGGACAGGCCAAGAAGAAUAAAAAUAGAACUGAAUGCC